CGUUAAUUUCUAAUUAGUGCUCGUAAUCCGUUACUCCAGAGACUUGGAAUAUCUAUCGUAGUAAGUAAUUAGCUGCGGAGUGCUCCGUACAAAUUCGUAGAAUGUCCUCUUUCCAGGCUUACAUUCCCGCCAACGUUCCCUUUCCUAUUGAAAUUCUCGCUGCAGCCGUCGGCCUUGUCUUCAUAUUACGAAGCCAAACAAUACAGACCUGUCUUAAGUCAUUACUUUCCAGGGUAAUUAACACAAUCUUAUCUCACCGCUACCAAAUUAAACAUGUGAAAAAUGGUUCUGAUUUGCCAUCACUUCCAUAUGUAUUUCCUAACGGCCAAGGAAACGUCGAAAAGUUUCUGAAUGGACGCACAAACAGCGCCAAGUGGGAGAGUGAGCAUGGGAGUCUCUAUCGCCUAUGGUCAGGAAUGAAGGGGGAAGUCGUCUUAACCAAACCUUCCCAUGUAGAACUUGUAUUUCGCGAUUCCCACACGCACAUCAAGGCCCACGCGAAUGACAGCGGCUACCUUAUGGAACGUCUUCUGGGAUCUUGCCUUGGUCUUAUUAGCGGCUCGUCCUGGAACGCCGUUAAGACCGGCGUCGAGGCGCCGUUCCUGCACCGUUCAACGAGCGCGUAUGUCGCCGAUGUACAGGACUUCACCAAGUCGUACAUGCGCACUUUAAGCGCGGAGAACAAGACGCUCAGGGAACAAGGAAAACUGCAUCCCGUGCGUGACCUAAAAUUGCUCCCAUUCCUCUUCGUCGCAAGGGUUGUGUAUGGACCGCUGGAUGCGAUGCUAGAGCGAGAACUUAGGGAUUUAAUUCCGGAUAGAGAAGAUUUAUUUAAGAACGUGAUUAGCGGCGGCAUCACAAGAUUCCCUAUCUCGCGAUUCCUCCCUCUCCCAGCCAUACGCGCGCUCCGCCACUUCAAAGAGCGCUGGGCCGAUUGGAACGACCGAGCAUACGCGCACGCUCUCAAUGCCAAGGGAUCCGAAGCAGCCCCUAUUAUCGCGAUGUACGAAGCCGUUGAAAAAGGAACCAUGUCGCGCGAGGAACUGCUGCAAACUCUCGACGAGAUGAUGUUUGCUAAUAUCGACGUGACUAUGGGCGGCAUGUCGUGGACUCUGGUGUUCCUAGCAGCCCAUCCUGCUGUGCAGGAAGCGCUGCGCAGCGAGAUUCGUGCGCACUCCUCAGAUCCGGCGACGCGAAACGCUUACCUCCUCUCGUCGUGGACGACGACACCAACUCUCCUGGGCGCGUGCAUUCUCGAGUCCGCACGCCUGCGCCCGCUCGCCGCGUUCUCUACGCCCCAAGCGUGUCCGACGCCGCGCGUCCUCGACGGCUACGAAGUCCCCGCGGGUACCAACUUCGUCGUCGACUCGUACGCGCUCAACAUCCGAGACCCGUUUUGGGGCGAAGACCGGGAGCGAUUCCGGCCACAGCGGUGGCUUGAGCGGCAGAAGGGCGGGCGCGACUUGCGGUAUCGGUAUUGGAGGUUUGGAUUUGGUCCGCGAACCUGUCUGGGGAAGUACGUCGCGGAGUUGGUCCUGAGGAGCGUGGUUGUUGAGAUGUUGGAGAAUUGGAAUAUCGUGUUGGAUGUUAAGGUAGGGGGGCAGGAAAAGGAGAAGAAAGCCGGUGGCCAUGGAGAGGAGGAGGAGAAUAUGGAUUGGCCGUGGGAUGAUGAGAUGUGGAUUCAUCAUCCGGAUCUUUUGUUGCGGUGUGAUUCUUUGACGAGGUAGCCUGUGAAGGAGGUUGGGUUGAACGAGAGGUUAAAUUUGAAAGAACAGGGUUUGGCAUAAGCUAUUGGCUACCAGGUACUCAUCUAUGUAGCUCUAACCAUUUCACAGGCAUCUGAUGUUUCGAUUUGUAUCCUGCGACUCUCAUGAUGAUAGAAUAUCAUGAAGUAGGUAGUAUUCAGAAUUUCAACUCUAAAAGUUGGCUUGCUGGAAAGGAGC